CUGGCUCAACAGUCGUUAGCUGGUAAUCUUUUCGAGCACGUACGGGCACGGAUCAGUUUUUGCGUGAUUCAAGAGAAAAAAGAAUUGAUUCAAAAUAUACAGUAGAAAAAAGCAGAGAACAAAAACAUAAAACAUAAUAACACACAUAACGGUCGAUCUAACGAACGCGUUUUAUUCCCUUAACAGAUAAAUUCGAGCAAAAUGAAGUCGGAUCCGUGGCCGAUGUUGGUCAGCGGUUUGCGUUGCAUAUCCCUCACUGCCCUCCUCUUGCUGCUGUGCGGCGGGCAGCAAACAGCAGCGCAAUCGAAUUACGUGCAACAUGGCGAAAGUGGCAACUACUCCACAAACGGACUGCCCGAGGAGGCCACUCUGGAUGGAAAGGUGACCAAGCUCGAUGACAUUAGCCCCUUGAUCUUUCUGAAUCGCACCAAGGCCGCUCUCAACUGUGCAGCCGGCUCAAUGCAAGUUGAUUUGAAAUUCAACGAUCCGUUCCAUGGCAUCAUCCAAGCGGACUACGAUCGUGGCAGCGCUUGUCGUGUCAGUGGCAAGGGAUCGCUUAACUAUCGCCUCGAGUUGCCCUUGAAAGGAUGCGGCACCAUUCAAAAUCCCACACGCGUGUUCACCAACAACAUCAUUGUACGCUUCCAUGCCAAUCUGGAGAUGGAUGGCGAUGAGAUCAUCACAAUUGUGUGCCGCUACCCGCCGCCGAUUCCCUCACUGCCACCAGCACUGCCAGCUCCCAUUUUGAAUCCAAUUGCCACAAGCGCGAUCAUACAGCCACCGCUGAAGAGCAUACAGAUCCUCAUGAUCAUCUGUGCCAUCAUGUUCCUCACUCUGUUGCUCCUGGGUCUCGCCGUCUCCUACUAUUGUCUGCGCAGUCGCCCCAUUCCCGUGGUGCGUCGCCUGCCCAUGAGCAUGGGCAGUGGCUCCGAGAUCACUAAGUUGAGUGGCAGCAGCGUGGGCAACAUCAGUGCCUUCGAGGGCGUCAAGAUACCGCGUGCCCAUGCCGCACUUCAGGCCGUCUACAGCUCGUCGGGCAGCGAGGGCGCACUGAUCCCAUCGGAUUAUCCCAGUGAAUCGCAUUCUGAGAUCGAGGAGAUCGACACACGUUCGUUGCCCUUCAGUUCGGCGGGCAGCUUCGAGAAUCGUGCCUUUGUCCAGGAGACUUCGAGCAUUUACAGUGAUCAUUAUGCGCCCGCUCAGGAGAUGCCCGCUGCCAAUGCAGUGAUGACAACGGUGCAGCAGGAAAUCAUCGCCGGUUCACCCAAGUUCGAUGUGCAGGUGCGUGUCAAGAAAUCACCUAUACCCAACUCACAAUCGCCUGUUACCUCGGACACGGAAAGUGUUGCCACGCUGCGUCCCGAUCGCAACAAUCUGUCCACGAUCAUGGAGGCCUACGAGGAUCGCGAGAGUGUGCUGACAAUGGACACACUGCCCACGCACGUCGAGGAGACAAUGCAAUCGCAGUUCACCUAUGUGCCCGAGCUGCAUCCGGCACCGCAACCCCAACCCUUGCCCCACGUGGCCGAACCCAUGUUCUCGGUGUACACGCGCACACAUCACGAAGUCGUCGAUGGACGUCCCGAGACCUGGUCGGAUUACACAGACGGACCAGCGCCCAGCGAGAUAACCGAUCUGUCAUCAGAAGUACCCGACAAUCAUGUGCAUGAGACGUCCACGACAGCCCUGCACUACUAUGAGGAUGAGUAUGUGCCCGUCGAGCCGAUGGUAAUGCCCAAGCCACUGCCAGUGACAUCGCACACGGUGGACGAUGUCUAUUUGCGCACGGUUACCGAGAAGAAGACCAUCGAGGACAUUGAGAGCCACAAACGUCGCGUCACCGAGUACAAGAGCAAACCGAAGGCACCACUGCCGCCACUGCCACCAGCUGUCGUUGUACCCGAUCCCAAGUUCGAUGUGCGUGUGCGUAAAUAUCCCAGCGAAAGGGAGCAACAACAGUGGGAGAACUUCUCGGACAUUUCCAGUGCCUCGGGUCUGACGCUAACACCCAAGAUGGAGCGCUCGGAGUUGAGUCUGGCACCACCCGCUGAGCCACCGGCACAGAUCCAUGACAACAAACUGAAGUUGACCAGUCCCGAGCUGGUGGGCAACAUGAAACCGAUCGAAGUGCCGCCCCAGGAUAAGGAUGUGCCCAACUGGGAUGUGCUCAUACGCAUUCUGGAGGAGCCCGAGAUGUCCGAGAUGGGUGCCGAUGACGCCAGUUCGGUGCACAACAUUAGCUACGACGAUCGGGCCAAGUGGAAGGAGAUCAUCACCACGCAGUCCUCGUUGCGCACAAUGCUCACCGAGGCGGUGGUGCGUGAGGACUUUGAGCGCAUCCGCCAGGACACGCGUUACGAGCGCAUGUUUGAGCCACAAACCUGGGACGUCAUCAUCCGCAUUCUGGCACCGCCGCGCGACGAUGAUCCCGACGUCGAGCUGCGCACCCCGAAGCGUGGCAAGAAGUCGGCGCCACAGCCGUGGGACACACGCUCGCGCCGCAGCUCGCUGCCCACGCUCUAUGAGUACGACAGCGAUGGCGGCUCGAGUGUGCGCACCAUACGCAACGAUCCCUCGAUGCCGCUGCAUGGCAUGGGACCCGUUGGUGUCGGACCUGGUUCGUUCCACAUGCAACAACAGCGAUCGCAGCGCAGUUCGCGUGCCUCGUAUCAAACGGAUCACAACGACUUCCGUUCCAUGUCCGAGGUGACGGUCGACUUUGGCCGCCCGCAGCCUGAUCAUUUGGAUAACUUUAGCGAUGCCAGCUCGUACUAUCGCAUGCAGUAUGAUGACGACGAGGACAGACGCUCCUCGUUCCAUCGCUCGAUCAGUCACCCGUCGUUGGCUCGCUCGGCCAGCGAGUUCACCGAGCACUGGACUGCACCCGAUGACAUUGAGAUCUCUUCGCCGGAAGGCACGCCCAGGGCGCACCGUGCUCGUCAGCCAUUGCAGCUGCUGCCUGGCCAGGCCGGAGAACAACGCAUCGUGGCCCAAUCGCAGAGCGAAUACGUGGAGACACAUCGCAGCAUUUACCAGGCCGAAAAGCAGCUACCACAGCCACCACAAAAGUGGUAGGCGUUCGAUCCUUAAAACGAUUCAAUUCAAUACAAUUUUCCACUAUUCAAAACUAAACAACACACAAGCAAAUGAAAUGCGCUUCGGAGAGGGGUAUAUAUAAUGCAUAACACACACAUGAUAUUAAACAAAAAUGAAAACUUGUAGUAAAUUGCUUAAAUUCAGUUGAAUCGCUUUAUGGAAUAAUCCGAAAAACUAUCUAAGUAUAAUAACAAUACAAUACUACUAUAUAAAUCUAACAAAAGUGCCAAUUAUAAUUGCCUGACAUACUAGUUAGCAGCAUUAACGAAAAUUCAAUUAUGUCUCUCAUAUGCAUUUACCUUCAAUACAAAAUUAUCGAUCGAUCGAUCAGUCGAUCGCAUGCGAAACCCUUUUUAAUGCAUAUUUAAUUAAACACACACACACACACACACAGCACACACACUUUACUAUUGUAAGCGAGAGUCAGCCGAAAGUUGAGCAUGCUGAUUGAAUUUAUUUUUAGUACAUAAAGAAAAUAUAAAUACAUUCUAUCUACAUACAUACUUAUAUACUCACAUCGAAGCUAAACAAACGAAUGUUUAACUUUGAGAAUAUAUACUAAAAAAUUAUGCUGCCUUUUUGUCGUAUAUUCUGCAGUCACAAGUCAAGCAUGAAAUUAUUGUUUAUGCCUUUUAAAUAUAAUUUAAUUACAUAUACAUUUACAAACUACUCAAUAUUGCAUGACAUUCCUAAUUAUCGCCGUGACACAAGAGACAAGUUAACCAUAAACGAUUAUGGGGAAACUUCACAAUUGAACAAGUAUUAUUAAAAACACUAUUGAUCGAAGGCAUUAUACAAUUAUUUAUAUAUAGACAUGUGCACAAUUGUGCUUUGGUCCCGAACUCGUUCUUUUGAAAUCGAAAUAUAUUUCCCUUUCAAAUAAAUGAUUUUGGGACCAAUGACAAGUUUUCUAAAAUGGUGAAAUUUCUUAAUUCGAAGUUGCAGACGAAGAUUUUUAGUUUAGAGCUGAACAAAAACAUCGCUGCAAUACAAAUUUGUUUUUGUACGUAUCUUACACUUUGAUCAACCCACCAGUAAGAUAGAGAAAUUGCUUUUUUUUAUUUUAUAUAUAGUACAAUCUGCACUAAAUUGAAAAAUAUGAGAAAUCUAGAUAACUGCAACAGCAUCGAUGUUUUUAAGGCUCUAUUUUAAGUGUAUAACGUUCACUAAUCCGUCCAAUAUAUAAAUAUAUAUAUUUAAGCUAACAAAAAGUAUGAAAGGAAUGAAACUAAUAGUAUGAAGCGUGUAUUUAAAAUACCGUUUGAUUGGAUUUAUGUACAAUGUUUUUUUGUAUUUCAGUUUCUAAAACUUAUUAAGAACUACAAAUUAUAUAUGUUUGCAUAAUGUUAGUGACAGUGCUUUAGUGAUCAAAUAAUACUUAUGUACUCUCAUGUACAUAUGUAUGAAAACCGCUUAACAAAAGACGAAACUAUAAAAAACUCACUUAAUAUACUGCCUGCAUAAAGCAAUAUUAAUAUUACUAUUAAUAUAAUUACGUAGUGGUAUUCAAUGUUUUCGCAUAAACUCAAUUCUAGGUGAAUAUAAACGAAUACUGCAUACGAGCAAACAAACAAUACUAGAUUAUUAUUUUGUAUCGUAAUAGAAAUAUGCCUGUAAUUGAAAUACUACAAAGACAAUAAAUAAAUAAAUCUACUAACA